AUGCAUGCAACCACUCGGAACACAAACGGUUUCAUUCAUUCGUAUCUUGGGAGUGCUCUGCACUUUCUUAUUCUCACCUCAUUCUUAUUACAGCCGCAAAAGUCAAAGAAACCUUCAGAACCACGCCGGUGUCCAGCAACGAGCUCCAAUAAUCGGAUUUCCCGCUCACGCUGCUCAAGAGAAAAGGGUACAGGCAAAGAGGGCGAAGAACGCGAAGACUUUGUUGACGUGGAAGGCGGAGAGGAGGACAGUGAAGCCCUGGGGCCUGGUGGCAUCACGCAUUACGUUCCAGACACCUACGGAGAGAGCUCAGACAGCUCAGAGGACGCCUCCUGGAGUCCACGCAAUUACUUUGGAUAUCGAGGCCACCUUGGGAUCGAGUUCUUCACUGACAACUCAAUGACCGCUUAUCCCCGCAAUCCCUUCGGUAUUAACGCCCUGCAAAAACGUACCAUGAACUCGGGCCGGAAUACCAUAAGAUUCUAG